AAUAUAUAGUGAUAUUUUCCUUCUAAGUUUUGAAGGCCGUAGACGCAAACAUGUCUCGUGUAAACGUUAUUAUCACAGUGGCUUUAUUUUUGUGUCUAUAUUCAAAAGUAGCCCCUCAAACACAGAUUUGGUUUUUUAUUGAUACUGACAAAUUCUCAAUGAACACAACGGAUGUCAUAUACGAAGACGAAAUAUCGACAGUAAUAUCAGGCCAAAGGGUCGCGAUACAAAAUGUCACAGUAACUGGACUCAAGGAAUGCACUUGGAGAAACGUAUUACAUGGCUCAGAUCUACAAUUCUAUUUGAAUUGUCCGCGUAUAGUAGCUGAGUCUGAGAGUUGUGGACAAAAUGCCAACAACACUGGGGAAAACUGCGAAUUCGUAUACAACAAUGAAACUGUGAAAGUUAUCGCUGAAGUAACCGCAGAUGGGGCAUCUUUAAUAGAUUUUGUGCCAAAGAAUGUAACUGUUUCACCUUUUGACGAUUACGAACCGACACCGACAAAUAGCUCGCCGCUUAAGGACCAGUUAAAAGCACCAAUAUUCGAGGCUUUCCUGAAAAAAGCUCGUUUUACAGUCAAUAUAUUUUAAAACAUGUAAAUUAUCAAUGCAACUUAUAUAAUUAAUUAGGCUGAGUUGCACCACCUAACUUUAACAAUGACUAUAACGAUAAACCGGGUGUUUUUUGUAUGGAGUUGGACAGAUAUUUGACGUUGUUAAAGUGAGAUGGUGCAACCCAGCCUUAAUGUAUUGUUAUUGUUUGUUCUCUGCAGUUGUGCCUUAAAUAAAAAAUAAAAUAAAAUAAUGGAUUUAAGACCAAACAAGGAAAACAGUACAUCUAAGUGCAGUUACUUGCUCUAAUGUACUCGUAUAUUUAUUUCAAACUUGAAUAAGAAAAUAAAAUUAUUUCAUAAUUUAUGUACUAUUACCAGCCUAUUGAAAUGAAUAUUGAAAAUUAAAUUAACGAUAAAAAUGUUUCUACUCCUAAAAUAAAUCAUAUUCAAC